GCCGGACCCCUCCCCCCCUCUCCCGAUGGAGGCUGAGAUGCUGCAGUCGCCUCUCCUGGGGGUCGGAGGGGAGGAGGAGGAGUCGGACCUGACGGACUGGAACUUGCCUCUGGCCUUCAUGAAGAAGCGGCACUGCGAGAAGAUCGAGGGCUCCAAGUCUCUGGCCCAGAGCUGGAGGAUGAAGGACCGGAUGAAGACUGUUAGCGUUGCCUUAGUUUUGUGCCUAAACGUAGGUGUUGACCCUCCUGAUGUAGUGAAGACAACUCCCUGUGCGCGUCUGGAGUGCUGGAUAGAUCCUCUGUCAAUGGGUCCUCAAAAAGCUCUGGAAACCAUAGGUGCAAAUUUACAAAAGCAGUAUGAAAACUGGCAGCCUAGGGCCCGGUACAAGCAGAGCCUCGAUCCUACUGUGGAUGAAGUUAAGAAACUGUGUACAUCGCUGCGUCGAAAUGCCAAGGAAGAGAGGGUCCUCUUUCACUACAAUGGGCAUGGGGUUCCCAGGCCGACAGUGAAUGGGGAGAUCUGGGUCUUCAACAAGAACUAUACGCAGUAUAUUCCCCUCUCCAUCUAUGACCUGCAGACUUGGAUGGGCAGUCCUUCCAUUUUCGUCUAUGAUUGCUCCAAUGCUGGCCUUAUUGUCAAGUCAUUCAAGCAAUUUGCACUACAGAGGGAGCAAGAGUUGGAGGUUGCUGCAAUUAACCCUAAUCAUCCACUUGCUCAGAUGCCUUUGCCCCCAUCAAUGAAGAAUUGCAUUCAGCUGGCAGCGUGUGAAGCCAGCGAAUUGUUACCUAUGAUCCCUGACCUACCGGCUGACCUUUUCACAUCCUGCCUUACUACGCCAAUCAAAAUUGCUCUGAGGUGGUUUUGCAUGCAGAAGAGUGUCAGAUUGGUGCCAGGAGUCACACUGGAUUUAAUAGAGAAGAUCCCUGGCAGACUGAAUGACAGGAGAACUCCUCUGGGAGAACUGAAUUGGAUCUUCACAGCAAUCACAGACACCAUUGCAUGGAACGUCCUGCCCAGAGAUCUCUUCCAGAAGCUCUUCAGGCAGGACCUGCUGGUGGCUAGCUUAUUUCGUAACUUCCUGUUGGCAGAAAGGAUUAUGAGGUCUUACAACUGUACCCCUGUCAGCAGCCCACGUCUACCUCCAACCUAUAUGCACGCAAUGUGGCAAGCGUGGGACCUCGCAGUUGAUAUUUGCCUUUCCCAAUUACCAACAAUCAUAGAGGAAGGAACUGCAUUCCGGCACAGCCCGUUCUUUGCUGAGCAGCUGACCGCGUUCCAGGUGUGGCUGACGAUGGGAGUGGAGAAUCGCAACCCACCCGAACAGCUGCCAAUCGUCCUGCAGGUGCUGCUAAGCCAGGUGCAUCGGCUGCGAGCUCUUGACUUGUUGGGAAGAUUUCUGGACCUGGGUCCCUGGGCAGUUAGCUUGGCGCUGUCUGUCGGCAUUUUCCCUUAUGUGCUGAAGCUGCUUCAGAGUUCAGCUCGGGAGCUGAGACCGCUUCUUGUCUUUAUCUGGGCCAAAAUUCUCGCAGUGGACAGUUCGUGCCAAGCUGAUCUUGUAAAGGACAACGGCCACAAAUACUUCCUUUCCGUGCUGGCAGAUCCCUACAUGCCGGCUGAGCACAGGACUAUGACUGCGUUCAUUUUGGCUGUGAUCGUCAACAGCUACAAUACAGGGCAGGAAGCCUGCCUUCAAGGAAACUUGAUUGCCAUCUGCCUGGAACAGUUAAACGAUCCGCACCCUCUCCUGCGUCAGUGGGUGGCUAUUUGUUUAGGCCGCAUCUGGCAGAAUUUUGACUCGGCGAGGUGGUGCGGUGUCAGAGACAGUGCCCAUGAGAAGCUCUACAGCCUCCUCUCUGACCCCAUCCCAGAGGUUCGCUGUGCUGCAGUCUUCGCACUGGGCACCUUCGUGGGCAACUCGGCCGAGCGGACUGAUCACUCCACCACCAUCGACCACAACGUGGCCAUGAUGCUGGCACAGCUCAUCAACGACGGGAGCCCCGUGGUGCGAAAGGAGUUGGUGGUGGCGUUGAGUCACCUCGUGGUUCAGUACGAGAGCAAUUUCUGUACGGUUGCCUUGCAGUUUAUGGAAGAAGAGAAGAAUUAUCCUCUGCCCUCUCCAGCUACCACAGAGUGUGGGAACUUGACACCAGUGCGAGAUGGGCCGUGUACUCCAAGACUUCGUCCUGUCAGCUCCUAUGGGAACAUCCGAGCGGUCACCACGGUGAGGAACCUGAACAAGUCUCUGCAGAACCUCAGCUUGAAUGAAGAAUCUGGCGGCUCUGUCGCGUUUUCUCCUGGGAAUCUCAGUACCAGCAGCAGCGCUAGCAGCACCUUGGGCAGCCCGGAGAAUGAAGAGUACCUCCUGUCGUUUGAGACCAUCGACAAGAUGCGAAGGGUCAGCUCCUACUCCUCGCUGAAUUCGCUGAUCGGAGUCUCUUUCAAUAGUGUUUACACCCAAAUCUGGAGAGUCCUUCUACACCUGGCUGCUGACCCAUACCCAGAUGUCUCCGAUGUGGCCAUGAAAGUGCUCAACAGCAUUGCCUACAAGGCAACAGUAAAUGCCCGUCCCCAGCGCAUCCUCGACAGCGCCUCCCUCACACAGUCUGCCCCCGCCAGCCCCACCAACAAGGGCAUGCACAUCCACCAAGUGGGAGGGUCCCCUCCGACGGCCAGCACAAGCAUCUCCAGCCUGACAAACGACGUGACGAAGCAGCCAGUCAGCCGGGACAUCCCAUCCGCAAGACCUUCGAACGUCGGCAAUCUCGGGGCCCAGUACACCCCCCACUCCCACCAGUUCCCCAGGACACGGAAAAUGUUUGACAAAGGGCCAGAUCAGACCACGGACGAUGCAGACGAUGCCGUUGGACACAAAAUCUUCAUUUCCGCCACCAUGCAGACAGGGUUCUGUGACUGGAGCGCCAAGUAUUUUGCUCAGCCGGUCAUGAAGAUUCCAGAAGAGCACGAUUUGGAGAGCCAGACCCGCAAGGAGAGGGAGUGGCGGUUUCUGCGCAACACCCGCGUCCGAAAGCAAGCGCAGAAGAUCAUCCAGAAGGGUAUUUCUCGGCUGGAUGAUCAAAUCUUUCUGAACAGGAAUCCAGGCGUGCCCUCCGUGGUGAAGUUCCACCCGUUCACGCCAUGUAUCGCUGUCGCGGACAAAGACAGCAUCUGUUUUUGGGACUGGGAGAAGGGUGAGAAACUGGACUAUUUCCACAAUGGGAACCCUCGCUACACCAGGAUCACAGCAAUGGAAUACCUGAACGGCCAAGACUGCUCUCUGCUCCUGACUGCCACAGACGACGGUGCGAUCAGAGUGUGGAAGAACUUUGCAGACCUGGAGAAGAAUCCCGAGAUGGUGACUGCCUGGCAAGGCUUGUCGGACAUGCUGCCAACCACCCGAGGAGCAGGGAUGGUGGUGGACUGGGAACAAGAGACUGGGCUUCUCAUGACAUCGGGAGACGUGCGGAUUAUCCGGGUCUGGGACACCGAUCGAGAAAUGAAAGUUCAGGAUAUCCCCACCGGUGCUGACAGCUGCGUGACCAGCCUGUCGUGUGAUUCUCACCGCUCGUUGAUCGUGGCAGGGCUCGGCGAUGGCUCCAUCCGUGUCUAUGACCGGAGGAUGGCUCUGAGUGAAUGCCGUGUCAUGACCUACCGGGAGCACACCGCCUGGGUCGUGAAGGCGUAUUUGCAGAAACAUCCUGAGGGCAACAUCAUGAGUGUCAGCGUGAAUGGAGACGUCCGAUUCUUCGACCCCCGGAUGCCAGAGUCCGUGAAGGUCCUUCAGAUAGUCAAAGGGCUGACGGCCCUGGACAUUCACCCGCAGGCCAGUCUGUUUGCAUGUGGCUCGAUGAACCAGUUCACUGCAAUCUACAAUGGCAAUGGAGAACUGAUCAACAAUAUCAAAUACUAUGAUGGAUUUAUGGGACAGAGAGUCGGAGCCAUCAGCUGCCUGGCUUUCCAUCCUCACUGGCCACACCUGGCCGUUGGAAGCAAUGACUACUACAUCUCGGUGUACUCGGUGGAAAAGCGGAUCAGAUAACAGCAGCCUCAUCGGAGAAAGGGAACGACCCAGCGGGCAGGGCCAUGUCUCACCUGUAAUGUAUAUAGUGGAAUAAUCGACUUGAAUGUUUCGUGUUGGCUGCUGCUGCUGCAACCCAUCACUUGAACAAUACUUUUUUUCUUCUGACUUAGCUACUGAUGAUUUUGAGAGGUGGAAAGAGACAAUCUCCUAUUUUCUUUUUAGCCGUAACCCCUAAGAACGACGGCAAAGGAACGGCUUUCUCUUUUGCUUUCAGCGGUCACGUCUCUGUUACAAACACGGUUCCGCGGCUCCGAAGGGCUGGAUGAGGCAAUAGCUUUGCGAGGGGCUUUUUGUUUCAGUCUUUGUUCCUUUGUUUCAUGGGGGUGGAGCUAACUUACGGCAUGAAGUCCAGACUUGUCUCCAGCUCCGUGCUUUCUCACCCCCCUACUGACCCCUCCGCCUGCCACCUACCCUGUGCCAAAGAACAGCCUCUCUGGCAGGCAACAGGAUCUCAGCUGGCUGCCUGGUGAAUAUCACACCUGGUCUUGAGUGAUGGAGAGAAGAGAGACAGGAAAUCCUCUCCUGGGCUCCCUCGCUCAUGUUCCUUCUCCAGGGGAAGCACGGACAGAGCAAGCAGAUGAACGUGCCUGGCAGCAAGGAGAGAGAGGGAAGGGGGUCGCAGGUGAGGAGAAUAGCACCAAGGUGGAAAACUGACCUGCCAUAAAGCUCCAGAUCCAAACGAAGGUGAAACAAGGAAAUGAUCCAUGUCCUUAGUGCCCUAAGGAAAUUGGGUGGAGUCCCUGAUGUAACUGCUUUCUGUGAUUGGGCAGGUGUGUGUCUCGGUGCACUUGAGUGUGGUGGGAGACUCUCAUUCCCUCCGUUGUUUCAGGGGUCCCUGUCCCUUUGCCUGCAGUACACCCCCAAAGCACACGAGAUGUCCCGACAACUGCACAGACAGAGAGGGGUUCCUGGCUCGCUGUACCCCUGCCUUAAACCGCAAGCUUUCAUUUCGCUCAGAAGUGCUAAUAUUCUGCUAGCUAAUGGGCAUGAAUAUGUUCUCCCCCGUGACUCUGUGCACCUACCUGUGCCCAUGUGCGCUUGAAUGCACCUUUGUCCAUAUUAUGUAUCCAGGCAUGUCUGUGUGGCCCCAGGCACACACUCAGUGCAUUGGCACGUCCACGUGUAGGCAGCCACGUGUAUGUUCUGAUCACAAGAGAAUCGCUGCUGCCCUGGGGGGAGAGGAGCCCACAGCAGAUCACUCCGCCUGGUGCGAGAUGCUGUUGUCCCCAGUCUCGGGGAGACGCUGAUACCCCGUCUGUAAUGAAGAUUCUAGUCCCAUGGGAUCCAGGAUGUGUCUGGAGAUUGAUGUGGGGAAGGAGGCGGCAAAUCUGAAGGGCCGAUUUCCCCAGUAAAACUCUGUCUCGCUGCAAAUCAACAGGCUGGGAAGAACAAAGCCCUGCCAGGUAUCACGCUGAUGCUAAGCGAUCCAGUCUAGGCAAACUCUGUUCUAAUUCUGGUCCCGUCGUUACUCGCAGGCCAACCGAGGUGCCGAAGACAAUGACGAUAGUGUCAAUGAGAGAAGAAAAACCUUGUUGCUUAGUGUGAACAGCAGCUUCCCCUCCCGCACUGACCUCCUCUGGGUUUGUCUGACCCGGGGGCUGCGCAGGACGUGCCAGAUGCUUUGGCGGUCGGAGAUGCUCGUUCAACCAGGCAAUGGCCUGGCAUCGGAACUGGCCAGGGGUUUGUUCCAGGAAACACAGAAAAUGCUGCUGACUGCAGAUCGCCAAGUACUCCUUUUGCAGAGUGGCAUGAGCUGUGGGGAGUGAGGCAGGUACCCCAACUGGGGCCUUCUCCCCACUCACAAGCACAACUGCAGUUUUCUGUGCCCUCCGGUGGACUGCGUGCUGCCUUGCGGGAUGCCGAAUCGAUGGCUAUGGAGGGAAAUCCGGCUGUUGUACCUAAAACGCUGUGUGUUUCUAAUAUGUGGACUCCCAAAAGUUAGUGAUGGGCUAAUAAAAGGUUGUGGGCCUUGGUGGCCCAUUGAGCUGCUGUUAUACACAGGUUUACAGUCCCCAGUGGUACCCAGUGUCGACUCUCUGGCUACCAUGCCCGUCACUCUGCGUAGGGCUCUGUGCUCAGGGAAUGGCCAAGGACAGCUGUGCUGGCCAGGGGUGAGACAGAGGUUGGGAUUAGCAGAUCACUGACUAACAUGCACUAGUUACAAACACCAUCGAUUUUUAACCUCGAUCAGUGGAUUUGUUCAAAGAGCAAGAGCUACCUGGCAAAACGCAAAGGGACGCUGUGGGAAGCUGCUUUGUCUUCCUUCCCAGCAUCCCCUGAGCGCCCUGCCAGCCUGUGCAGCCAGGAAUAAGGUUUUAAACUGACUCCACCUGUUGCGCUUUCAUCGGAGGGUGCGCGUGUGUCUGGUCUCACAGGCCCGAUGCAAACAUUCAAUCAUGAAGUUUAACCAAGGCUCUGGAGAGCUUCCUACCUAAAAGUUCACUUCUCUCUAUUUAUUUUACAAAAAUAAAAAAGCUAUUAAAAAUAAACUACAAGAUUGUAAUGUGAGAGUCAAAUAAAUAUGAACAAUAAAUGGUUAAUAAAAUAUAAAUGCAGACACA